CCCGAUGGCCAAAUGCCUACUGAUAAAUCCGUUGGAGGCGGUGAUGACUCCUUCAACACUUUCUUCUCUGAAACCGGUGCUGGCAAACACGUUCCCCGUACUGUUUUUGUUGAUUUGGAACCGACUGUAGUCGACGAAGUUCGUACUGGUACAUAUCGUCAACUGUUCCAUCCCGAGCAAUUAAUUACUGGUAAGGAAGAUGCGGCCAACAACUACGCCCGUGGUCAUUACACUAUUGGUAAAGAAAUCGUCGAUCUCGUCCUCGAUCGCAUCCGAAAACUUGCGGAUAACUGUACCGGCCUCCAAGGAUUUUUGGUUUUCCAUUCAUUCGGCGGUGGUACCGGUUCCGGUUUCGGCGCUUUACUCUUGGAACGUCUCUCUGUUGACUACGGAAAGAAGUCUAAGCUGGAAUUUUCC